AUGCGAUGUCUGCUGCUCACGCUGAUCAAAGUGGAAGCUGGCUGUGACUUCAAUGUGACGUCAGAGCGGGAAGGUCGCGGCCACGUCAGCCGAGACGGCGGCGUGACCUGUGAGGUGGCCUGGUCCGCCUGGUCCGCCUGGUCCCCGGACAUCGAGGCGGAUCUUGUCUUCACCGACGACCUGCAGCAGGUGCCGUUUGCAGCGCGGCAUGGCAAUCGCGUCUUUCUGGAGCGGCUGGAGAUGCCCAGACUUGGAGAAGCCAUGGAUUCCAUCCUGCAGAUGAAAGAUCACCUGCUGUCCGUUUUGCUGCCCAGAGAAGGAUCUAUAGCUUGGGAGGAUCCACAGACGAGAGUCAUUGCCGACCAAGUGAUGCAGGUCAUUCCAAAGCACGUCUAUGUGGACGAAGGUAGCCUAUCGAGUUUGGAAGAUGCCUUCAGAGCCUAUCGCUUCAGUCUCAUCGUUGAUGAUGAGAGGAGCGUUUCCCAAGCGUUGAUUCAUUCAAUUGCAUGGGGUAGCAUCCCCCUCUUCAACGGCUUUUCCCACCUACUGGCCAUGCUGCCGCGCGUGGUGUUUCCAUGGAAUCGAUCCCACUUCCGGAUUGACCAGCUGUUGAACUUUCUCCCCGAGAUCAACGAGGAGAUCGGCUCCUUGUGGCAGCAACAUCGGCUCCUGCAGGAUCAGCUGCUGUACAGAUAUGCCACGGAUUUUCAGAGCACCCUGAAGGCCUUUUCAUGCACCUUGUGCGAAACCAUGGUCGCCAAACCGGGCAAAUCAACUGCGAAGGGAAGGUCAUCGAUACCCACGAUCUUCGUCGGGGUGUAUUCGGCCUCUGGCAAUUUUGAAAAGAGGGAGGUGGUGCGCGGAACUUGGGGCAGGAUUUUCCAGAAGCGCGGAUUUCGAGUGAAGUUCUUCCUAGGCCAACCUCCCGAGACUUUGGCGCGAGAGGUGAAGAGCGAGAGUCAUGAACAUCAGGACCUGGUACUGCUGGACGUCCAGGAGGGCUAUCAGUGGAAUUCCCUGAAAGGCUUGCGCUUUUUGGAGUGGUGUUCCAGUAACGUCCUGGCCGAGUUUCUGGUGAAGGUGGAUGAUGAUGUGUACUUGCGGCCGCUUCCACUGAUAUCGCUGCUUGAACACCGACCGCCUGCUGGCUACGUCUGGGGCUACUUCGACUUCUUUAGCCCCGUACCACGAGAGGAAGGGCAGGCAUUUUACAAUUCUGAAGCGACCUAUCCUUUCGAUGCCUUCCCGCCCUAUGCGCGUGGCUUGGUACGUGCCCUGUCCAUGGACGUGGUACACGGCUUGGCAACCCUGAGCCGAGAAGGUAAGCUGCCGGUGAUCUCCGGCGAUGAUCCUUGUUUCGGAGUUCAUCUCAGAUAUCUCCGGGAUGAUCCCCGGAUGAUCCCCCGGAUGACGUUGGAUGACCGCGAUUCCUACCGAGUCUUUGCCAUGGAACCCAGUUGCAAUCCCGGUCUCUGGUCACAUGUCACUCCUCGGAGUUGGGUCAUUCAUCACGUCUCUCCGGAGCAAGUGCAAUGCAUGUGGGACGCGGAUGUCGAAGCAGGCCUCUACCAGGUGAGCGGUAGCACCGUGGAGCUUCCCAUGGUGGCACAACGCGCUGCGCAGCAGGCGGCCUCCUUUGCGACCGUAGCGGAGAUGCAGGAGCCGCCCGCCUUCCCUGACCUUUGUCAGUGCCUCCAGUCGGGCCCACUGGCUGCAGAGCUGGCAGGGCGCCAAGAUAAGAUCAAUGCCUCCAGGACUUUCAUGAUGUGGGGCCACCCGAGUCUAUUGGACCAAGAGGACAGCUAGCAGAAAACCAAAGCGAAGGACGUGAUGAUCGCGGCGGGGUACAUGGACGUCGAUCAUCGUCGAAGCGCAGGCGAAAAACCUCGUCUUGGAUCGGCUGCCGAUCCACGAGUGAUGCCAGGAAAAGUCCCGACGAUCGGUGCAAGGGGAG